AUGUUGGGACCAUCACAAUGCCGGUGUUUGGGAAUCACUCCGAUGGAUGAGAACAUAGCGGAGCCUUCUGGUGAAACCAGUAGCGAGGAAAGGUCGGCCGGCGUGCGUCUUGUCGUCCUGAACCUUCCCGAGGACGAAGGCGAUGGGCUAGGCUUCAGACUGACUAGGACGCUAUGGGAUCCUUAUCCAUGGGUUCGCGAAGUGACCCCAGGGGCGAGAGCUGACUUGGCCGGUUUAAAGACCGGCGACUGUCUACUGCAGGUCGAUGGCAGGGACCUAUUAGGGAUGCCGGUGGGGCAAGUGGCGGGGUUGAUCAGAGGAGACGGCACGGGGGGAGGCGUCUCACUCCUAGUGUGGAAUUGCGGCGUCGAUCCUAAAGACGAUCCUGAGCUACUGUGGAGUUGCGGCGGGGGCUCCCGCGGCGAGAAGUCGCGCCGAGCGCUCGCUGGCGUCAUAAAGGCGCUGUCUUGCUGCGUCUGCGCCGCGACGGCCACCAAGGCCCUCACCUGCGCGAGGUCCCAUCUCUAUUGCGAAGCAUGUUGGAGCCGACUUGAGCGAUGCGCGUUGUGUCGAGAGAAUUUACCUUCGAAAGAAUCUCCAUAUUCAAGAAACUUGGUGGCUGAACAGCAUAAAUUGGUCGCUAAACUAAGACAAGCCUGUUCGUUGGCUGAUUUGCAGAACACUGCAACGUCUGCCUGUACUUUAUCUAAGUCAUUAAAUAAUAUAAGUAUAGGAAACCAAUGCUGCAGCAGUGGUAGUAAUAGCAACUCUUUGGACAAUGUUAGAUCCAAUUACGUACCAGCAUGUGAUCCUCCCGUAUAUGUGUUGGCUGCGCCACCACCUAUUUAUAAGUGGGAUUGGAGAAUGCCCGUCAUGCCUAGGGAACAAAAGGUAGCAUCAAAGCAGCAACAAGAUGAAGUGAUUCAACCAGUGGACAUCAACCAUUUCUGGCACGACUCCACAUCAUGCAAGAAACACAGGAGGAACAAGCACGCCGCGCACGAGGAACAACUGCGUGCUAUUCGGGAGGAACGAGGCGCGUGGACA